AGCUCAACUCCAGUGCUCCGCAACUCUUGAGUUGCUUGAGGAGCAACAGAAAGGCUACACCAUAGGCAACUGCAGUACGGCCAACACUCCAGAGGCAAUAAUAACCAUAAGAGACCGACAGACAGACAGUCAGCCGAGCGGGCGGGCGGUCGGCCAGAAGGACAGACAUAUAAACAAACACAAACCUUUGCAGAAGAAGAAAAAAAGACAACAUAUUGUAGUAAAUUAUUUUUUUCUUUUGAUCAACAAUAAACAGUCUGUGGAACUCUUUUGGACCAUCAACAAGCAGCAGCAGCAGCAAGCACUUCAAGCAAUAAACCACCAACAUGAACAAACAGCAGCAGUUCACACUUCCAUUGGUGGGUUUGCUUUGUUGCUGUGUUCUCUUUAGCACUCUGGGCCAGCCGGUCACCUCGAAUCCUUUGGUCAUUGAUUCGGCACCUUCGGUGGUCUCCUAUCAGGGCUCCUCCCAAUCCUAUGCCCAUUUGGUGAUAUCGCCUCGUGGUCGAGCCUUGGGCUAUGUGGCACCCACCAAUCUCAAUCACACUGUCCAUCACACCGAGAAGAUAAAGGAAAGUUUGGAUUUCUUGGACAUACGACCGGUUUACAACAAUCACAAUAAUUAGAGGAGCAUUGAGAGCGCCUCGAGGUCUAUGGCGCAUGCGUACCUGAAUGCCCGUAUUUGAAUGUUCGAUGGAUUUUUUCAUCUCUUGCUGAUCAUUAAGUUUUAUUUAAGUUCGUCUCUUACUUUGCUAUUUUUAAUGGAAUUGUGUAAAAAGUGAGUGUCUGUCUCGCAGUGAGUUGCUAUUUUUGGUUGAAAUUAAAAAAAAAAAAAAACGCACAAAAUUA